AUGACGCCGCACCGCCCGGAGCUCCAAGGACGGCGCUUCUGGUCGGGACUGUCCAUCCUGUCCAAGAGAUCCUACGCGACAUCGUCCUUUGAAGCCGACGACGAGCGGUCCGACAGUGACGACGAGAUGAGCCUGCGCGACAGCUUCGACAGCGACGUGCGGCCGGGCGUGCCGGCGUACGUCGGGCACGAUGUCAGACCGACAAGCAAGAAAGAGCUUUGGGGAUGGUACAUGUAUGGCUUCGCGGCCGAGACGUAUGUCAUCUGCGGAAUUGCUUCCUUCAUCCCAAUUCUCCUAGAGACGCUUGCCCGAGAAAACGGCGUCCUCCUCUCGAACCCAGACAAGCCUUGCGGCUCCAGCGACAGCAAAUCAGAAGAUGAUGGCCAGUGUGUCGUAUACGUAUUGGGCAUCCCGGUCAACACGGCCAGCUUUGCCAUGUAUACCUUUUCGGCCAGUGUCUUCCUACAGGCCCUUCUUGUCGUCAGUAUCAGCUGUGCUGCAGACCAUGGUAAUUACAGAAAGCGGCUUCUCCUGGCCUUUGCCUGGAUUGGCGGCUUUUCCGUCAUGUGUUUCAUCUUCAUCAGCAAGACCAACUACCUCAUCGGUGCCUUCUUAACCAUCAUCUCCAACACGUCCUUUGGCGCGUCAUUCGUUUUGCUCAACUCUUUUCUCCCGCUUCUGGUUCGAAACCAUCCCGAAGUAACGGAGGCAUAUGUAACAGAAUCACCUGAAGAUGCCCGUCAGAUGGGAGAUUCAACCGACGACCUGGAGGGAGAUAUGGUUAAUUCCACGUCGGAAUUACUUCCUCCUGACGAUCGGCAUCACAGGAACGGACUGAAACGUGUAGCAACUCAUGAGGAAAUUACUUCCAAGGAGCUUCAGCUCUCCACGCGCAUAUCCUCUCUGGGCAUUGGUAUUGGCUAUAGUGCCGCCUUGUUUGUCCAGUGUGCCUCCAUUGGGAUCCUCAUCGCCAUGAAAAACACGACAUGGUCACAGAGAGUGGUGCUCUUCAUCAUUGGGGCUUGGUGGUCUAUCUUCACCAUCCCUGCUGCGAUGUGGCUUAGACCCAGACCAGGACCGGCCCUGACAAUUGAUGGACGCAAGGACGGCGCUUCAUGGUGGGUGUACUUGAGAUAUGCUUGGAAAUCCCUAUUUCGCACAAUCCAGCUGGCAAGGCGUCUUAUCGAUAUUAUGCUCUUCCUGGGUAGCUGGUUCCUUCUUUCUGAUGCAAUUGCCACGACAUCCUCCACGGCUGUCUUGUUCGCCAAGACCCAGCUUCAUAUGAAACCAUGGGCAUUGGGCAUGAUCAACGUCAUUGCCACAAUGGCUGGAAUAUUCGGCGCUUUUGGCUGGUCCUGGGUAUCCAGAACGUUCAACCUGAAACCCCAUCAGACGAUCCUCGUCUGCAUUGCCUUGUUUGAACUUAUCCCGAUCUACGGCCUGAUGGGCUACCUCCCGUUCAUCAAGCGCUGGGGUGUCAUAGGACUGCAGCAGCCUUGGGAGAUGUAUCCGCUGGCCGCCGUGUAUGGUCUCGUCAUGGGUGGGCUGAGCAGCUACUGCCGCUCGCUUUUCGGAGAGCUGAUCCCACCCGGAUCCGAAGCCGCGUUUUACGCACUCUACGCCAUCACCGAUAAAGGAUCUAGCAUUUUUGGACCUGCUAUUGUUGGAGCCAUCAUCGACAAGACUGGAAGCAUCCGGCCUGCGUUUUGGUUCCUCGGUGCUCUUGUUGGUUUCCCCGCUCCACUCAUCUGGUUCAUCGACGUCGAGCGUGGCAAGAGAGAAGGCGAGAAGCUCGCCGAGACCAUCGAAGGCUUCGAGCCCGAAGGCCACGCGGGAGAAGACGAGGAAGACGAGGAAGCGGCCCGCGGAAUGCUAGCGGACUAUGAAGCCGCCGAGGGCGACGGCGACGCAGCCCAUCGACGGUGA